AUGGUGCUCCACCAGGCCCUGCAAGCAGCUGCCUGUGGGGACCUGUCUGUGCUGCGGGGGCUUGCUACCUCCGGGGGCGUCUCCCCGGACAUCACCGACCUCCAGGGGGCGGGGCCUCUGCACCACGCAGCGCGCUGUGGACGUCUGGAGGUGCUGCGCCUCCUGGUGGAGGAGCUGGGGAUGCGGCCGGACCCCCGAGCCCGGAACAGGGCCACCCCUGCCCAUGAUGCCGCCACCACGGGACACGCCCGAGAGCUGGAGUGGCUGGUGCAGCAGGGAGGCUGCAGCCUGGAGGACCGAGAUGUGGCAGGUAACACAGCUCUGCACCUGGCGGCACGAUUCGGCCGGACGGAAGUCGUUCAUUGGCUGCUGUCUGCCGGGGGCGUGGCCGAGGCGGAGACGUUGUGCGGGGCUGUCCCUGCCCACUACGCUGCUGCCAUGGGCAACCUGACCUGUCUGAAACUACUGCUGCACCAGGCCCCUGGGUGUGUGGAACGCCAGACAGCCCUGGGAGCCACGCCCCUCUACCUGGCGUGUCAGGAGGGUCGUCUGCACGUGGUGGAGUACCUGGUGAGGGACUGUGGAGCGGAUGUGCAGCGCAGGGCCAGGGACGGUAUGACAGGCCUGCAUGCCGCUGCACACAUGGGCCACCUCGCUGUGGUGGUCUGGCUGGCCAACUUCACAGAGCUGAGUGUCUCCAGCCAGGACCAGGAGGGCACCACCGCAGUGCACUUUGCCGCCUGCGGGGGUCACCACCGCGUGCUGGAGAGGCUGCUCCGCAUGGGGGCCGUCCUCUCCAGGGACCGCUGGGGAGGAACACCCCUGCACGACGCUGCCGAACACGGGGAACUGGAGUGCUGCAGGAUCUUGUUAGCCAAUCAGGUGGAGGCGUCUGUGCAGGACAUCGAUGGCUUCACUGCAGCUGACCUGGCCGAGUACAACGGGCACUACGACUGUGCCAGUGUCCUGCGCAUGGCCGAGAGAUGUCCCUUCGCUGCGGAUCAGCCCAUUGAGGAAACAGACCCCGCAGAGGAGGAAGUGAGGUCAGCUGUCUCCUGGCAAACCAGCAAAGGGGACUACUACCAUCGCCUUAGCGACCCACAAAGGGACUGUCACAUCCGUGGUAGAGAGAUGGAGAGCUUGAAGCAACCAGAGUCUGAGGAGCCAGCCCAGGCCAGGUAUCCCACAGCCCCCCCUCUCUCACACCAAGAAGGUUUCCUGGGAGAUAAAAAACUUCUCACCAGUAUGAAAUCCAUAAAUUCUCUGAAGGUAUCAGGAACUGGGGACAUUCUUGCAAGACGAAUGUCGGCUCCAGAGACCACUCGGAAUGUGACGCUAGAUGACAAGAAAGGUUUCCUUGGAGAUAAAAAACUUCUCACUAAUAUGAAGUCCAUCUGUUCUCUGAAGUCAGGGAUCAGUGCAACACCAGAGCUUGGCAAACCUGCUGAAGAGACAUCUAUCAUCCUGCCUCAGAAGAUGAUGUUGGGUGACUGUAAAGGCCUCAUGGGAGAUAAGAAACUCUUGAACAAUAUCAAGUCCAUGACCUCUCUGAAGGAAUCAGGAAUUGGGGAAACUUUCACUGGACAAGUCAACAAGAUGGUGGUUCUGCCCACGGAGGAGGCCAACCUGUCAGACAUCGACUACCUGGUUCCCACUCAUGAUGAGCGUGGCAGGCCCAUCGCAGAGUGGAAGAGGCAGGUGAUGGUGCGCCAGCUGCAGGCCCGGCUGCUGGACGAGGAGGACCAGCGCAGGAAGGAGUCUGGGAGCAGGUAUGCCAAGGUGAGCUGGAGGUACUCCCAGGCCCACAACGCCAUCCUGGGUCCGUUUGGGGAGCUUCUGACUGAGGACGAUCUCAUCUACCUGGAGAACCAGAUCCAGAACGUGUCCAUGCAGAAGAACUGUGAGGGUUACGAGCUGGAGCUGUCCCGCCUGGCCGAGGAGCUUAGGCACAUCCUGCCAGCGCCCAUCGUCAACAUCUCAGUCAACGCACAGUUUGGCAACGUCAAAGCCGAGCUCUCGCUGCCGGUGUGGUGCAACCGCAUCUCGGGCAUCGUGAAGAGCAUGUCCUUGCUCAUGACCAACCUGUCGGACCAGCCGUACUGCAAGAUGCCCAACACGGACCUGGUGACGGUGUUCGGUCAGACCCCCGAGCGCCAGACCUCCAACCGGGGCCGCAGGGAGAGCCGCGAGAAGAUCGAGAGCGAGAUCCAGCAGUUUGGCGUCUCGGUGAGGAACCUGAAGUCGACCUUUGAGGGCGAGAGCUCGUCUCUGUCCGAGGACACGGUCUGUGAGUCGCCUCUGUCCCCUCCCACGCAUGAGGAGAAAAAGGAGGAGGGAGGGAGGGGGGAGGAGCAGCACAGGGAGCAGAACAGCGACUCGGGUGGAGACUACGAGGAGAACGUGGUGAACGUCAGAGAGACCACCAGCCUGAGGAAGGAGCGCAUCGUGGUCUUGUUCCUCGGCCACUGGAAGAAGUCGGCCUACACUGUGACCCUGAAAAGCAGGGACACCGCCGAGAGGAAGUCGAGCAUGGAGGGGGGCGUGGCCGGGGAGAAGACAGGAGUGGAGCGCAAGCACAGCGCGGAAGGCUCUCCCACCAAGAAGAUGAUGGAGAACAGCUCCAUGGGACACUUUUUCAAGCAGCGGAGCGCCGUCAACAAGAUGAUGAACAACUGGAGGAACAUGACCUCCAGCGUCCCCUCCAGACAGGUCCGCCGCCUCCACAAACAGCAGGCCCUCUUUUCCCCGGAACAGUUCCUGCCGCGUGUGGACGGAUCCUGCGUGGAGUACGACACCCUGACCCUGGAUCUCUUCAUGUUGGGGUACUUCCACAUCCUGGAGCAGGAGCUGCCGGCGGAGGAGAGGAAGGUCAGGCACCUGCUCUGCUUCGAAGUGUUCGACCACCUGGGCCGCUUCACCUGGGAGACUGUCAGGGACUUCCACAAGGCGGUGGUGCAGGACAUCGAGUCCGGGAACCGGGAGUGGAAAGACGGCUUUGAGGACCUCAAGGUGAAGUUCUUCGGUAAUGCUCCUGAGUCCGAGGGGGAGAGUAAGACGAGCGUGCAGGAGAAACACUCGCUGCCAGAGGUCAGGAAGGUGCCCAAGGUCUUCGUUCAAACGCCGACCCCUGACGAAAGCCUGCUGAAGAAAGGAACUGACAUUUCCAGCUUCAGCAACGACGAGAUCUGCAAGUACAUCGACCGGAGUUUUGCUUUCUGGAAAGAGAAAGAGGCAGAGAUUUUUGAUUUUGAAUAAUAUUAGUGCUCAUCUAUUGUAUCUUUUUUGAUAUUUUUGUAUAAUUUGUAGUCAGCUGACAUAAAGUUUUUGGAAAACGGUGGAUUGCUAGGUGUAUUGUAAAUGUGUCUUUUCUGAGUGUGAAUAUUCAGCUGUUUUUGCAAUGUGUAAGAUAAAAAGAAUAUAGAUAGUGUUCAAC